AUGCUUUUCAGGAGAGUUAGAUUUUGGACUGUAAUUUUUUUGCUCAUCGUUUACGUAAUUGGUAUUUUAAUAUUAACAGUAUUAUCUCUGCACGAUACCAGAGGAACCGGCUACAAGAGCGGUUCGAGCGUACAAAGCAGAUUCAUAUCCAAAUCGAAGAGCUUCGAAUACGGUCUUCCCGGCUUCAAGCCGCGCCUGCGACGCCCCAAAGUGAAUUGGUGCACCGAUUUGAAAUACAUCCACCCACCGAGACCCACCGUCGCUCUAGCCUCGUUUCCCGGCAGCGGCAACACCUGGUUAAGAUACUUACUUCAACAAGCCACAGGUUAUCAUACGGGGUCUGUGUAUAAGGAUUAUGGUUUGAGGAAAAACGGUUUUCCGGCGGAGAGCGUGGCGAACGGCUCGGUUUUGGUGGUGAAAACGCACGAAUGGGGACCGAGGGCUAGGUGUAACUUUUCCAAAGCCAUUUUGCUGGUGAGAACUCCCGCCGCCGCCAUACAGGCGGAAUUUAACAGACAGAGCGGCGGGCACGUGGGAUUCGCCGCUCCCGAUCGGUACAAACGACUGAGAGGACGCUAUUGGCAGGAUUUCGUGGCGUCGCAGCUGAGAGGAUGGCAGACGAUGAACUUGGACUGGCUGUACAACUUCACCGGCCCCACGCACGUGAUAUUCUACGAGCAGCUGGUGAGCAGCACCGAGCACACCUUGCGCACCGUGCUGGACUUCAUCGACGUGCCCGUCGACGCGAAGCUGUUCGAAUGCGCCAUCCAGAGGAAGCAGGGCAUCUACAGGAGGCAGAAGAGAGCGCUGAACUUCGAUCCGUUCACCGAGGGCAUGAAGGCGAGCUUGAAGCGCGGCGAGAAGCGGGUGCUGGACGCCAUUUACAGCGUCGCGGCGCCGACGGCUAGAUGAAAACAUAUCUUUGAUUGGGCGAUGAUGUUUUGUACAUAG